AUGCAGAUGCUAUGGAAUUUAGAAUCGUUAGGAAUUACAGAUUCUUAUAAGUUAUCAAUUGCAGAUGAGAAUUUGAUAAAACAAUUUGAAGAUAAUCUGAGGUUUGUAGAUGGAAGAUACGAAACUUGUUUGUUAUGGGGAAUAAAGCCAACGGAUUUAAAAAAUAACUUUUGUCUUGCUAAAAAAAGACUUGAGGACUUAAAAAACAAUUUCGAAAAUAAUGAAUGGUUGGCGAAUGAAUACAAGGACAUAAUUAAAGAUCAACAGAGUAAAGGAAUAAUUGAAGAAUGUUCUAGGGAUGCGAAGGAAUAUUUCAUGCCACAUAGAGCAGUUGUGAGAACCGAUAAGGAUACUACUAAAGUUCGCGUGGUUUUCAAUUGUAGUUCGAAAGCGAAACUAAAUCUCUCUUUGAAUGAUUAUUUAGAGACUGGGCCGAAUUUGAAUCCCAAUGUACUGGAUGUUAUUUUAAAUUUUAGGAAAUUCAAAAUUGCAUUUUGUGCUGAUAUAGAGAAAAGCAUUUUUGAUGAUUGGAAUUUCAGAAGAGGAUAG